CCAAAGUCGUCUAAUAGUGUUGUAGGGGAAAACCAAGGCAUUAAGCAUUUAGAUCAUUCAAACCAGUGGUGGGUAUAGCCUAUAAAUAUAAGCAUUCUGUGGGUUGUGUUGGGCAUCAAAGCUCAAACCAUCGACGAGUUCAAAGUUAAAGCCAUGGCUCCUUCUUCUUCUUCUUAUUCGACAUCUCAUCUUCUGCUCUUGGUUGGGUCCUGUCUUUUGCUGGUUUCCUACUUUGCUGUUUCAGAGGCUUACACUACCCCACAUCUGGUGAAGGGUCUGUCGUGGAGCUUCUAUAAAAACUCAUGUCCAAAAGUGGAGUCCGUCAUCAGAAGGCACCUCAAGAAGGUGUUCAAGAAGGAUAUCGGCAACGCCGCUGGCUUGCUUCGCCUCCACUUUCAUGACUGCUUUGUUCAGGGAUGUGAUGCCUCAGUGUUGCUAGAUGGCUCAGCAAGUGGUCCUGGUGAACAAGAAGCCCGUCCAAACCUGAGCUUGAGAGCCGCAGCAUUUCAGAUCAUCGACGAGCUCCGCGAGCUGGUCGAUGAGGAGUGUGGCACUGUUGUUUCCUGCGCUGACAUCGUCGCCAUCGCCGCCCGUGACUCCGUCCACCUGUCAGGAGGACCCGACUAUGAUGUCCCAUUGGGAAGGAGAGAUGGACUCAACUUUGCCUCAAGCGACGCAACAGUAGCUAACCUACCUUCACCCAACACCAAUGCCAGCACCCUUAUUGAAUUUCUCGCCACCAAAAACUUGGAUGCCACAGACCUUGUGGCCCUCUCCGGUGGCCACACCAUUGGGCUCGGCCACUGCAGCUCCUUCACCGGCCGUCUCUACCCUACCCAAGACCCAACCAUGGAGGAAAAGUUUGCCAAUGACCUCAAGGAGAUUUGUCCCGCAUCAGACACCAAUGCCACCACGGUGCUGGACAUCAGGACUCCCAACCAUUUCGAUAACAAGUACUACGUCGAUCUGGUGCACCGACAGGGCCUGUUCACUUCAGACCAAGACUUGUACUCGUAUGAAAAGACUCGCGGCAUUGUUAAGAGCUUUGCGGAGGAUGAGGCUUUGUUCUACGAAAAGUUUGUGCAUGCUAUGCUGAAGAUGGGGCAGCUGAGCGUGUUGACGGGCAAGAAGGGUGAAAUUCGUGCCAACUGCUCGGUGAGGAACUCCGAUAACAUCCAACUGAAGACAGUGGUGGAAGAGGACAAGGAAACUUCUGCUGAACUUUAAGGAUGUAUGGUAGUUAUGUGACUGUUGGGUUGUUUACUUGGAUGUUUUGUUGUUGAUAAUUGUGUGAAUUUCUAGUUCCUUUGCCUUUUCUCUUUCGAGAAUACUCUUCAAUAAGGAGAUGGUUAUAUAUGACUUAUAACUAACUGUUUUCAGAGAUGGGCCUGGUUUAGUCAUCAUCAUGGACAUGGCUAGGAUUAAGUCAUGAUUAAGAAAUCUUAAACAAACAAAUUGCAAGUGAUUUAAUUA